CGCGCUGGCUCCCCUGUAACCCUCAGUCAGACUCAGGUCUGUGAGUUUGGGCGGGUCAGAGCCGAUUUAGUGGGUUUCCAUGUUCUGAAGCGCCAUGUUAGCCGUGCGCGCUCUGGCUGUGCUCCCCCUGUGUGUGAUCUCAGUGUGGGGGGACGAGCGCUCGUUCUCCAUCGAUCCGGAGCGGAACUGCUUCCUGAAGGAUGGAAAACCCUUCCAGUACAUCUCCGGCAGCAUCCACUACUCCAGAGUCCCGCGCAGCUACUGGAGAGACCGGCUCAACAAGAUGUACAUGAGUGGACUCAACGCCGUCCAGGUGUAUGUUCCCUGGAAUUUCCAUGAGCCGGUUCAGGGUGUGUAUGAGUUUGAUGGAGAGAGGGAUGUGGAGUAUUUCCUGAAUCUGGCCAAUCAGACGGGGCUGCUGGUCAUCCUGCGGCCGGGCCCGUACAUCUGCGCUGAGUGGGAGAUGGGUGGACUGCCUGCCUGGCUGCUCCACAACCCCAACAUUAUCCUGCGCUCUGCAGAUUCAGAUUAUCUGCAGGCCGUCAGUAACUGGAUGGCCGUCCUGCUCGCUAAACUUCGGCCUUGGCUCUACCAGAACGGAGGGAACAUCAUCAGUGUGCAGGUGGAGAAUGAGUACGGCAGCUACUUUGCGUGUGAUUAUAAUUACCUGCGUCACCUGCGGACGCUGUUCCGGGUCUUCCUGGGUGAGGACGUCGUCCUGUUCACCACAGACGGAAACACGGAUAAAGAGCUGAUCUGCGGAACGUUGGAGGGACUUUACGCCACCAUCGACUUCGGCACGGACACCAAUAUAACCACAGCCUUCAGACGGCAGAGGAGGUUUGAGCCCAAAGGGCCGCUGGUGAACUCCGAGUUCUACACCGGCUGGCUGGAUCACUGGGGCGAUAAACACGCUGCAGUAGAGACUCAGAAGGUCAGCAGGAUGUUGGAGGACAUGCUGAGUCUGGGAGCCAGCGUCAACAUGUACAUGUUUGAAGGAGGAACAAACUUCGGCUACUGGAACGGCGCUGAUUAUGACAGCAGGUUCCGCUCUGUGGUCACCAGCUACGACUACAACGCCCCUCUGUCAGAGGCUGGAGAUCCAACAGACAAACUCCUGGCCAUCAGAGACGUCAUUAAGAACUUCCGGGACAUUCCGGUGGGCCCGAUGCCUCCAGCCUCCCCGAAGAUGGCGUAUGGAUUCGUAACUCUGAAGAAGGUGGGUAACAUCAGUGGAUUACUGGACACGCUGUGCCCACAGGGUCCCGUCCAGUCUCACCAUCCGCUCACGUUCGAGGAGAUGAAGCACUAUUAUGGAUUCAUGCUGUACCGGACUGUUCUGCCCCGGAACCUUCCAGAACCGACCCCUCUGAUCUCUCCAAUGAACGGCAUCCAUGACCGCGCAUACGUGUCCGUAAACGGGGUGUAUCAGGGCGUGAUGGAGAGAGACGUUACGUUGGUGAUGAACGUUACGGGCAGAGCAGGAGAUCAGCUGGACAUGGUGGUGGAGAACAUGGGGAGGGUCAACUUCGGGAACAAGAUCAACGACUACAAGGGGCUGCUGGGUAAUCUGAUCCUGGGUAAUGACGUGCUCACCGAUUGGCUGAUCUUCUCUCUGGACAUUGAUAUGAUGAUAGCCACUGGCUGGCCGCAGGCCGGGUGGAUGGACGUUCCUCCUGAGCCCAAAUCAGAGGGAGGGAGAGGACCAGCGGUUUACUCAGGGACCUUACAGCCCACAGGACUGGCCUGGGACACCUUCAUCAAACUCAACGGCUGGACCAAGGGUCAGGUGUGGAUAAACGGGGUGAAUCUGGGCCGGUAUUGGCCCCAGCGUGGCCCCCAGCAGACCCUGUAUGUGCCGGGGUCCCUCCUUAGCCCCACUGUCCCCAACAACAUCACGGUUCUGGAGCUGGAGAACGCGCCGGCGCACGGCAGGGUGCUGUUUAUGGACCGACCACAGCUGAACAACACCAGAGCACAGUCCUGACCCCACCUGCCCCCUCCAACACAUACAACCCCCCCAAACACACACACACUGCACUUACACCUGCAGGGUUACAGCUGAAUGUACACUUCCUUAAAGCGAUAGUUCAGAGAAGCCACAUUCCCUCCGCUUAUACAAACACAGUCGGUCAGCCAGGACACUCGGAAGCUUUUAUCCCACCAAUCAGCACAGUGCUAACCGCACGCCUGGAUCAUUACACUUGACUCAGACGUGUCAAUGAAGUCGCCAUCCUGUUCACCAGCUUCUUAUUGGAAUUGCCUUUCCACCUUAAAUGGUGUGGCAGUUACAUUCCAGCGCAUCAUGGUUUAUGUUAGAAUUUGCCGUUCCACAUCGUACGGUGCAAACAGUUGCAUCCCGGCAUGUCAAGCUUCCCACUGGAAUUUGCCGUUCCACUUUAAAUGGUGUAGCAAGCUUCCCACUGAAAUUUGCCAUUCUACCUUAAAUGGUGCAGCAAGCUUCUCACUGGAAUUUUCCAUUCCACCUUAAAUGGUGCAGCAGUUACAUCCCAGUGCAUCAAGUUUCCUGCUGGAAUUUCCAUUCCACCUUAAAUAGUGUGCCUGUUCCAACAGGAAGUUUAACGCACCUGAAUGUAACUCCUGCACCAUUUAAGGUGGACCAGCAAGUUCCAGCAGGAAGCUGGUGAACAGGCCGACUUCAGCCUCUCGCCUCAAACCCUGUGGAGCUGUUACGACACUUUUACGGGCCGAUCUUUUACUCUGUUAUCUGAAGUGAAGUUUAUUCAUUAUUCGUUAUUAGAUGAGGCCUCAGAGGAGCAGCUCUGAACACAAGGGUCGACUUGAACUUACAGAAAUUACCCAGAAAUCAUUGUGAUCUGACACAUUUCCCUUUUCAAAGCCGAACAUACUGGAAGGCAAAUGCUGGAAAUUACCCACCAGUUCAGAACAGACUGGGUUCAGUUCAGCAGACAGCUCCGUCUGUUAUACGACUGAUCAUCCACCUUCUUUACUCUGCUAGCAGGCUAAAGGCUUCACAGCAAUAACAAAACCAUAAAGGCAGUUUCACAGCUGUGAAGAUCACAGACACUAAUUAAUCACCCGAGUAACGUGUUCGUUAACGGGUCUUGGCUGAUGGACUGUGUUUGUGUUUAAGGGAGAAAAUUUGGUUUUUCGCUGAUUUGUUGUUUUUGCACUUUCUGCUAAAACCGUUACUGUACAGACCAUUUAUUUAGGAUUUUGAUUAAAGGGCAGAAAGUCUUAGACCCCCCACACCCCCCACAGAGCCCCUAAUGGUGACCAACUGAUAACUCAGGAAAUAUAAAGGUUUAGAGUAAAGCAGUGCUGCUCUGACCGCCUGACGUGUGAUUUGAUAUUCAGUAUCAUUGCUGUAAAAUACAUUAUGUGGAAUGUUGUUUUUUAAAACGCUGAAAUGACGGCAUGAUUUUCAAAUAAAAGACUGAACAGAAAAGAGUGAAAAUGA